AUGGAAUCUUUAGCUCAAUAAAUUAAGGCAUUGUAAUCGAAGAAUCAAGAGCUUUCUUAAUUAGAAAAUAGACUGGUUUAGUUAAAAUAAUAGUUAAAAUUACAAGAAUCGAAUAAUCAUAUAAUAUAAUAGAAAGUUAACAAAAUAUUGGAAACUAAGGAAAGUACAUAUUAAAAUCAGAGAGAUGUAAAUAUUAUUAGUAAUUUUAGUUAUUAAAAUAACUUGAAUAAUCUCAAAGCGUCAAAGAUGCGAAUUAUAAUCGUAUUCGUAUAAUGAAGCAAUCAUAAGUAGAUGAAACAAUGAAAUUAAAAUAAUAAUUAUCAGAUGAUAAACUAUUGAGAACACUUACAUAAAAACAAAACUCACAGAUUCUUUAAUAUCAACUCAAAAAAUUAAAGGAUGAGGAGUUAUAUAAUAAGCAAUAGUAAUUUAACAAAGUAAUUUUUGAAUAAGAGUUUAUUUUAGAUUUCAGAAUGGGAAUUCUAAUUGAAGUAAGAUCUAGAAUAUAAGAAGAACGAAAAAAUUGAAAAAAUAAGGGCAGAAUAAUUAUAAUAUAAAGCUUAAUUAUCUUAAAAGUUAGAUUAAUAAUAAAAAUAUCAUUAAAAACUAUAAGAAGAAGAAUAAUAAUUGUUAAGGUAAUUUUGUCUUUUAAACAAGUUAGCAAAUUACACAAUUCCUAAUCAAUUGCUUAGAAUUUAAGAUAAGACUUAAGUUAAGCUUAAAGCCUUAGUAUUAAAUUUUAUAACAAUUCAUUGACAACUCUCUCCUCCUCUAUCAAAUCAUAUAGUGUACCAAAAUUAACAAAGAAAUAACUAGAAAGUCCUUAUGCUCAAAUUCCUGCAAUUCUCAAAAUAAAAAUCAAUAAGUAAUGUUAAAUUUAAUAGUAGAGAAAAAUCUUAUGGUGGCAGCGAAAACUUCUUCCCUUGCAUUGAGAAGCCCAGCUAUUAAGAACAAUAAAAAUAUAUGGAAAGACUUUAUUAAUCUAGGAAUUAGCUUCCAAUGAAUUAACAACAUGAACAUCAAAUUUAGAAAACUGGAAUUCAAUAAUUUAAAUAAACAAGUCAAUCUCAUUUUGAAUCCUAAAGUCAUAAUCAUAAUAGUAAUAGAACAAAAUUUUUGAGUUCAACAUAAACUGGUAAAUAGAAAGAUUUUGGCACAAUAACAAAAAUGACAGACACAAAUAGGUCAAACAAUCAAAAAAAUAACAAUACUUAAUAAAAGGAUACAUAGGAGUAAUAAGAAUAGAAAAAGAUAGAAACUUUAAAAGAUCCAAAAGAUAUUUCAAAAAAAGAAGAUUAAUUAGAAAAGCAAAAAAGUCUAAAAUAAGAAAAUGAAAAAGAAUAGCCACCUUAAAAAGAACCUGAAGAAGUAGAAGAAAAUUAUGAAGAUGAGAAUUACGAAGAUGAAUUUAAUCAAGAAUAGGAGGAGGAGUAGGAGUAAGAGUAGGAAUAGUAAGAAGAUGAGCAUUAAUCAGAACAGAAAGAUAAUAAAGAAGAUUAUGAAGAAGAAUAAUAAUGA